GCAGAUGCUUAACAACUGAGCCACCCAGGCGCCCCGGGUUUUUUCUCUUUUGCUUUUCUAUUUGUGAUUUCAUAUCCUUAAUUUUAACUAUGAAGUACUCACCUGCCAUGUUUUUAGAAUCACUUAAAAAUACAUAGGAAAUUUUAACAAGCUAGCUGAACAACAAUUGUGUUAACCUUUUUUAAACAAUAACACAUUUCUACAGUCCAUACAAUGAUUCUAUAAGUUGGAAAAAUAUAGCCAGAGUUUUUUUAAUGUUUUUAUUAUGGAAAAUAUUAUUUCUAUUCAUCUUUCAUAAAUAUACAUUUGAUAAUUAGCAUAUUUUCACCAUUUUUUAUUUGAAAUUUAACAUUAUAUGUACAUGUCCUCUAAAGUCUUUUCCAACUCUCAGAAAGUUAGAUUUCACUAAAUUCUAUUUGUCAUGUGUAUAGGAAAGCACCGAAGACCUAAAACAAAUGAAACAGACUCUGCUUGAUGCUGAAACUGUAGCCCUUGAUGCCAAGAAAGAAUCAGCCUUUCUUAGAAGUGAGAAUCUGGAGCUGAAAGAGAAAAUGAAAGAACUUACAAGUACAUACAAGCAAAUGGAAAAUGAUAUUCAGUUAUAUCAAAGCCAGCUGGAGGCAGAAAAGAAAAUGCAAGUUGAUCUGGAGAAAGAAUUACAGUCUUCUUUUAAUGAAAUAACAAAACUCACGUCCCUUAUAGAUGGCAGAGUUCCAAAAGAUUGUCCCAAUAACUGCAGGCUGUUUUAAUUUACCCAAAAUGUCCUAGAUUUGCUCUGUAAUUUGGAACUGGAAAGAAAGAUUACUGACCUCCAGAAAGAACUGAAUAAAGAAGCUGAAGAAAGCGAAGCUUUGCGUAAAGAAGUUAAUUUGCUCUCAGCAUUGAAAUCUUUACCCUCAGAAGUAGAAAUGCUGAGGAAAGAGGUAAACACGUUUUUAAGCAAAUAACUCUUCUUUUGAUCUAAAAACCUUGUAAUAGCGCUUUAAAUAUUUUGCCAUCAUUUAUCUUAAAGUAGCAGUAAAGAGACUGUAAACAUUUGACUCAACUUGGUAGGAAUAGAAAUGAAUGUAGUUCCUCCUCUAAUUUUCUUAUAUUACUAGAAAACACACUCUCAAAGACUAUUUAAUAGUGUAUUUAGUAACCUGAUCCAUGUAACAACCAUUUCUACUGUCCAAAUGUUUCCCUUAAACAGAGUUCUAGGGGCGCCUGGGUGGCUCAGUUGGUUGAGCAUCUGUCUGACUCUUGGUUUCGGCUCAGGUUGUGAGAUCCAGCCCCACAGUGGCUCCGUGCUCGGGCCGAGCCUGCUUGUCCCUCAC